CCGGCCUGGGACGGUAUGGCGGACCGGCGGCGCGCGUGGAACACCGAGGACGACCUGCCCGUGUACCUGGCGCGGCCGGGCAGCGCGGCGCAGACCCCGCGCCAGAAGUACGGCGGCAUGUUCGCCGCGGUGGAGGGCGCCUACGAGAACAAGACCAUCGACUUCGACGCGUACAGCGUGGGCCGCCGCGGCUCGGCGCGCACGCCGCGUGGCGCUGGCCGGCUGGAUGCCGUGGGCCUGCCGGCACCCGGCGGCAGCGAGGAUACGGCCAGCGACGUGAGCGAACCCUCGGGCUCGGCCGUCAGCUCGCCGGGUGAGCGCGACGAGCGGCCGCCGGCGCUGCGCAUCCGCUGCCCCGCGCCCCGCGACUUGCCACUCAGCCGGGACAAUGGCCAGAGUGACCGCCUCCUCAUCAAGGGUGGACGCAUCAUCAACGAUGACCAGUCCUUCUACGCCGACGUCUACCUGGAGGACGGCCUCAUAAAGUGGGUUGAACUGACAGCGCCUCGGGUGCCUGCCCGUGGCCCCGGGGAGGGGCGGUGCCCCGCGAAUGAGGCGCUGGGAGACUGGGUGCGAGGGGCGGCGAGAGGACCCCUGUUUCUGAGCACCCCUCUUCCUGUGCCUGGUGCUCGCUACCCUGCUGGGGAAGUACUAAGGCCAGAUUUUGACGCAAACCACCUGGGGAUCUGCUGGGGAGCCGCGGGCUGGCAGGACCGAACACUGCGCCCCGCUGGCCCCCGGCCGCCGUGUGGGGCUCAGCAGGCAGCCCUCACAGGGGCCUGGGAAGAACAGAAGCGGAUCCUAGAGAUGGGCAUCACGGGGCCCGAGGGCCACGCCCUGAGCAGACCCGAGGAGCUGGAGGCCGAGGCCGUGUUCCGGGCCAUCACCAUCGCCGGCCGCAUCAACUGCCCAGUGUACAUCACCAAGGUGAUGAGCAAGAGCGCGGCCGACAUCAUCACUCUGGCCAGGAAGAAAGUUUUCGUCUUUGCCAGUGGAGACUUGCAGGUCACGGGCAGUGGCCACUGUCCUUACAGCACUGCCCAAAAGGCCGUGGGCAAGGACAACUUCACGCUGAUCCCGGAGGGGGUCAACGGGAUAGAGGAGCGCAUGACCGUCGUGUGGGACAAGGCGGUGGCCACUGGCAAGAUGGACGAGAACCAGUUCGUCGCCGUCACCAGCACCAACGCGGCCAAGAUCUUCAACCUGUACCCCAGAAAGGGGCGGAUCGCCGUGGGCUCGGACGCCGACGUGGUCAUCUGGGACCCCGACAAGGCCAAGACCAUCUCGGCCAAGAGUCACAAGUCGGCUGUGGAGUACAACAUCUUCGAAGGCAUGGAGUGCCACGGCUCCCCACUGGUGGUCAUCAGCCAGGGCAAGAUCGUCUUUGAGGACGGCAACAUCAACGUCAACAAGGGCAUGGGCCGCUUCAUCCCCAGGAAGCCCUUCCCUGAACACCUCUACCAGCGCGUCAGGAUCCGGAGCAAGGUCCACGGCCUGCACGGGGUGCCCAGGGGCAUGUACGACGGCCCCGUGUACGAGGUCCCGGCCACCCCCAAGUACGCGACGCCUGCGCCCUCAGCCAAAUCCUCGCCUUCCAAACACCAGCCUCCGCCCAUCAGGAACCUCCACCAGUCCAACUUCAGCCUGUCAGGUGCCCAGAUAGACGACAACAACCCGCGGCGCACCGGCCACCGCAUCGUGGCGCCCCCUGGCGGCCGCUCCAACAUCACCAGCCUGGGCUGAAGGCGGGGCCGGACGCCCGCCCGCUUCGGACCGGCCUCCCCCGCUGUUUGCCCGCAGUUGUAUUUGGUACCGAGGGAGGGGGAGUUGAAUGAGGCUCUCUCCUUUCUGUGUUUAGGAAGAAGUGGUUCUAGUGUGGUGUGUUUGCCUGGAAACCCCUCGCCCGCGUCGUGUUCACGCAGAGCCGCCGCCGCGGUGUCCUCCCCUCCUUAGUGACCACAGGUUCUAGCCCGUCUUGUCCGUCCGCCUCGGCCUCCGCCCCGCGGGCGCCACGGCCGAGCGGCCCCUCCGCCCCGUAGCUGUUCUAGGGUAGUGAUGCAUGUUAUAAAUUAAGUAUGCAAGUCUGAGUGCGUCCGCGAGACCCCUCCGAGGACUGAUGGCCACAGAGACCUGAGCCCGCGGGCGGC